CUUCUUUAGGCUUUUCCCGCGCAGAGACAGGAUUAGUGAUUUACCCCCUAAGCUGCGUCACUUCCGAGUCUCAGUUUCCCCAUCUGUAAGGAGAGGGCUUGAGCCUGUUAACUCUGUGAGCCUUUUCAGCCCUGACGUUCACGCCACAGUUGUUUGAACCAAAUAUCGUCACCUGACUGAAGUUGGCAAGUACAUUCUUCCAAGAGCUGUUCACAAAGCCUGGAAUAAUCAUGUAGACCUGUGUACACCAUAAAGCAAGAUGCACCUGUUUGUAGAAAAAGUGGUCUCAUAAAGGACCAGAGGAUAGCUUGGAUUCUGGAAGCUUUCCCAUUCAUGAUCCCAGUCCCUUAGGAGAAUCCUCUCUUGCCUCAUGCUGUAUAAUCAUCAACUUCUAGUUGGGGAUCUUCUGACUUUGAGUUGUUGCCCCGCCUGAAUGUACAGUGAGAGGGUGUUUGUGCUGGGUAGUGAGGGACACAAUAAUCUCACCAACACAAAGAUCUGCACUGAUGGAACUUUAAGAUAUAAACAGCAGCAGCAGCAGCAACGGCAAUGUUUCACUUCUUCAGAAAGCCUCCAGAAUCUAAAAAGCCCUCCGUACCAGAGAGAGAAGCAGAUGGAUUUGUCUUUUUAGGAGAUACAGCAGAGGAGGAGAGAGUGGCAACAAGAGGUAAAAGUUCAGAAGUAGAAGGCAACCAACCUUUGGAGACUGGCAAAGAAAACUCAUCCAGUGUGACUGUAGCAGACUCUGAGACAGGAAAUAAGGCAGGCCAGACUCUGGAAAACAGCUCGUUCAUGGCCGAGCUCCUGAGCGACGUCCCCUUCACCUUGGCCCCGCACGUGUUGGCGGUGCAGGGCCCCAUCAGUGACCUUCCGGACCACUUACUCUCCUAUGAUGUCAGCGAAAACUUAUCACGGUUUUGGUAUGAUUUUAGUCUUGAAAAUUCAGUACUCUGUGAUUCAUAAUCUUUGUGUCUGUUUGCACCUUAACAACUUUAAAAAAGUGCUUGCCUAUUGUAUUUAACCUGUUGAUGUUCUUUCCCAUUUCACUGUUUAAAAGCCCCUCAGAAACGCAAGGAUCACAAAGCAAAGAAGAUAACAUUAUGUUCAUCGUUGUGUUUUUUUUAGAAUAAAGUGCAUUUGUGUAAAAAUUAAAUUAUACUUCUUUUCCCACAAGUAAUAAAUAUAAAAACUAGGCUCUCAGGCUUUUAUGAAAGGAGUAGAUUCCUUGACCAGUCUUUCAAAAUAUAACACCUCAAAUUUAUCUUGGAAGAACUGUGAAAAAGAACUGUGAAAAAGAACUGUGGUGUUUUUCUUAGUUACCACAACUCUGAAGUCCACACUUAGAGGGAGUGUGAAUUCUCUUUCUGGUUUGGAGGAGGCUUGAAUUAAUGUUACUCUCUUCCUUCUUCCACUGUGUUUAUGAAUGAAUUUAGAAAGAAAGCUGCUGGUUAGCUUAAUUCCUUCAGUCCUGAUUUAGACAGAUUCAUGUGGAAAUUUAGCACUUUUCCUAAAAAGCAGUGGUAGUUUGCUAAUAUAAGAAUGCUGUAACUACUCUGGAUGCUGUUUCAUUUGAGUGAGAAAUUUCAGUUUUCUUAAGCCCGUGGCCAUCCUUUUCACCUUGAACGAGUCCUCUGUUCAUGCCUUUGUUCUCUGCUUUUUUGCUACUUCAGAGUGUGCUUCUCACCAGCUUUCCAAAGAACUUUCCCUGCCUCUGUCUCAGUUGGCAUUUGCUCUCCAUGCCACACAUGUUCCCAGUUUAUGACGAGAUCCACAUUUCCUCUUCAACCUCUCUGCCCCCUGAAGAAAACAUCUCAUGAUGAUACAUAUUAUUGCUGAUAACACCCUUAUUUAGAAAUUUGUUGGCCACAAUACAGAUGGAAAUGUUUUACUGUUAGAAGAACAACAGUUGACUCAUUUCCAAUUAGAGUGUAGGCAAAACACCUAGAUGUGACUUUUUAGUGCUUGGAUAUCCAUUAUUUAUUCCAACUAGAACAGAAGAGAACUGCCAUUGGUCAAUAAACUACAAAGGGAAGAGGUAAAUUAUGAUAGAGAAUUUUCUAUGCCAUGGAAAAUUUAAAUUGCAUUUGGCUUGAUUAACAAGAAUAUGAUUUAUUAAUCCUGUGCCAAAUUUAAAGUAUGUUUUUCUCAAAAAUAGAGUGCCAUAGCAAAACUAAACACUGUACAUAAAGGCAUGUGAAUUCAGGUUUUAAUACGUUAUGCAUGUUUGUUUAAGAAUAAAUGUGGUGUGAUCUUGGUAACAAUGCUUAACAAAAAUGCUAUAUUAUUUAAAAAUAAAAGGAACAUUUCUAUUGACAAAAAUAUGCUUCAUUUAUAAAUAAUAUUACCAGAUGAGCUUAAUGACUAGCUUCUUACAGUUUUCAUAAAACAUCAGUCUAGAAAGUAUGACUUACUAUUGAUGCAAAUGUGAACAUUUUAAAGAAGUUUUUGCAAAAGCACAUCCUUUUCAAAUGUGUAUGUUCAUGUGCCCUUAAAGUUAAAUGUAAGCAUUUGUCAACUUGUCUAAUAUAUGUGUUAAAUUUUGUCUAAAAUAUACAUUUCAUUUAUAUUUAUGUAUACCAUGUUAUAAAUAUGCUUAUAAGUACUUCCAUUUGUAUAAAAAAAUUGUUGUAUUUAAAUAAAUACAAAUUAAAAUAAACAAAUAUUUUGAUUAUUUUUAGAUUAAAAUUGUGAGUUUUUUUGCAUUAUUCAUAUCUCAAUGCAAGUUAUUGAUUCUUUGGGCAACAGAGUUAAAUAUAUACUUUUUACAGCACAGGGGAAAAAAAUAUAAAAUUUCUUUACAUUUUUAAAGAGUAACAAUUGAAAAUGGUAGGAUCAUUAGUCCUGAUCAUUAGUGGGACUGGAGAGAUUUGAGGGAAAUCAACUGAACAUAUUAGAUUGAGCCCCAUCAUCACAAAACUUAGUAAGGGCCAAUGUUAUCAAACCUAAUUGCAACAAAAAUAUUAUGAAAAUGGCCAUUUAAAUUUUCUUUUCCUAUGUAUUAAUCAGUCUUCCUAUUUUAAAACUUAAAGAGACAUUAGACAUCAACCAGCCAACUCCUUCAUUUUACCUAAGAGAAAGUUGAGGCCUAGAAAGGUUAAAUGACUUAAGUCAUCUAUUUAGUGAUAAAUAAACUUCUAUUUCAGUAGUAUUAAUGAUACUAAUAUGAAUUGUAACAAAACUACAUGAUAUGGUGAGAAAGAGUUAAGGCAUUGGAGGCAGCCAGACAGAGUUUGUAAUGGCUCCCCCACUCACCAGCUGCAGGUCUUUGCAUCAGCCCCCUAACUUCCCAUGUUCUCAGUUUCCUGGCUUGUUAAAUAGUAAUUGUAUGCACUUUGCAGAGCUGUGCUCAGGUUAUAGGAGGUAUAUGUGAAAUGCCUGGCUGCAUAGAGCCUGACACACCAUAGGUGUUCGGGAAAGGGAGCUGUUAUAAUUCUCGUUACUAACUACACAUGCACAAUAGUCUAAUGAAACGCAAAAUAUGUAUUAGCUGAACUGCUUAAAAGGUAUUAUAAAAAUAGCUACCUGCAUUUAUUGUAGAU